CAAGAAGCUGUACCGGCCCUUCCAGUCGGAGCUGUUCGCCAAGCGCGCCUACCGCGAGCUGCGCCUCCUCAAGCACAUGCGCCACGAGAACGUGAUCGGGCUGCUGGACGUGUUCACUCCUGAUGAGACCCUGGAUGAUUUCACAGACUUGUGAGCACUGGCCCGGGGCUGGCCGAGCAGGGUGGAGGGGUGCUGGGUCGCUCCUCGGCGCCAGCUUCAGGUUCUGGACUGGCCUGGGGUCCUGCUCGAGGUGGGCCUCGCCUGCAGCCUGGACAGGGUCGGGAUGCCCACCGCCCAUCCUCUCCCCACACCACCGUCUACCCCCUUGCCACGUGCCCCGGGAGCCACGGUGCUGGCUCAGCCCGGUAGAACCCGGGCCUCCCCCUGCCACCAGGCCCUCUCCAGUGCUGGAGAUACGAGGCUCAGGCCUGGGCAUCUGUUAGCUGGCAGGUUGCGGGCUCUGGGACCCUGGCACCAAAUGUGUGGCUGUAACUGGAGCUGCUGACCUUUGCUGAUGGGCAGGAGGUGGGCAGUGGGUGCCUGCCCAAGUGGCCACCCCUGGACUCACAGUUGUCAGCCAGGAGUCAGGGGCCUGGGCUGGGAGGAUUGGCCGCUUGCUGCCUGACCUUGCAGAGCUCAAGGCCCUACAGUGUCCUGGUGGGGUGCUAAACAUCUCCCCUUUGUCUCCCUCCACUUGCCCAGCGUGUCCCUCACACCCCAGUGUCCUGCUGUCCCACCCCUGCUCACAGGCACCUCCCUCCACCCUCUCGCACCCUCCCUGGCCUCUGAGACCUGGUGCUCCCCAGCCCCAGGCCUGGCGCCGUGCCUGCCCAGUCCCUGCCCACCUGACAUUUGGGGUGGGGCGGGUGGUUGGAGAAGGUAGAUGGAGCCUUGUCUGGCACUGGAGGUGGGGGCCAGGGGCCUUUCCGGGUCUGAGCCUUGCCUUGUGGGUGUGGCCCUGCUGUCUGCACCCUGCCCGCCCACCUGCCCGGCUCCUGCAGCUACCUGGUCAUGCCGUUCAUGGGCACGGACCUGGGCAAGCUCAUGAAGCACGAGAAGCUGAGUGAGGACCGGAUCCAGUUCCUUGUCUACCAGAUGCUGAAGGGGCUGAAGUACAUCCACGCUGCUGGUGUCAUCCACAGGGACCUGAAGCCGGGCAAUUUGGCCGUGAACGAGGACUGUGAGCUGAAGAUCCUGGACUUCGGCCUAGCCAGGCAGGCAGACAGCGAGAUGACUGGUUAUGUGGUGACCCGGUGGUACCGGGCACCUGAGGUCAUCUUGAAUUGGAUGCACUACACGCAGACGGUGGACGUCUGGUCAGCGGGCUGCAUCAUGGCAGAGAUGAUCACAGGGAAGACUCUGUUCAAGGGCAAUGACCACCUGGACCAGCUGAAGGAGAUCUUGAAGGUGACGGGGACACCGCCGGAUGAGUUCGUGCAGAGGUUGCAGAGCGCCGAUGCCAAGGACUACAUGAAGGGCCUGCCUGAGCUGGAGAAGAAGGAUUUUGCCUCCAUCCUGACCAACGCAAGCCCUCUGGCCGUGAACCUCCUGGAAAAAAUGCUGGUGCUGGAUGCGGAGCGGCGGGUGACGGCAGCCGAGGCGCUCACCCACCCCUACUUCGAGUCACUGCACGACACGGAGGAUGAGCCCGAGGCCCAGAAAUAUGACGAGUCCUUUGAUGACGUGGACCGCACGCUGGACGAGUGGAAGUGUGUCACAUAUAAGGAAGUUCUCAGCUUCAAGCCUCCCCGGCAGCUGGGGGCCAAGGCCUCUAAGGAGACAGCCCUGUGAAGACGCUGGGCCCUGCCAGGGUGGUGGGGACGCCUUGGGGACCCUGGCUGGGCUUCUACCUGGAAGGGGAUCCUGCUUACGACCGUGAACUUGGCUGGGGCUUGGGUGCCAGGAGACUCCGUGUUGCAUGGGGCUCCUCCCCCAGGCCCGUGCUCUGCUCAGGCCUCACCCUGGGGAGCAUUUGCACAUUCUGGACAGGACACCACCUGGCCUGGGGCUGGCCUCCGAGUCCCUGAGAAGCCCAAGAACCUUGGGGUGGGGUAGGGUAGGACUUGGGAUCAAGGCCUGGCUUCUAACCCUGCCCACUCUGGACUGGGCUGUGGCCCAGCUUCUGUGGCUGAGGACAGGGAGGGCGCAGGACGCCGACUCAGGGAUGUCUCUCCUGGGGGGUGUUGUGGACUUGCACCCCCAGCCUGGAGUGUGAAUUGUACACGCGGCCGGGAGGAAAUAAACCCUUUGCAGCUCCCA